CCAUCGCCAAGCUCCCGUCAGACCAGGUCUGUGUCGAGCUGCGGUCCGGACGGAGCGGAGGGAGGCAGCGCUGCUCAUCGACAGCAGCUCCGUGGAGAGAUCCGGAGGCAGAGCCGGAGUCACUCCGGAUUCUCAUCUGGUCCGGGUCUAAGGAGAGUUAAAGUUUUCGUUUUUCACUUGUGGGAUUAAAAUCUGAACGAGGGGAAACAGAAACCAGCUCCGGGACCGGGUCUGGAUUUAUUUUCAUGUUUUCCUCAGGGGGUCCGCUCUGAUCCGGGUCCACUUCGGUGCUGCGUUGGACCAUGGUGGGGGAGAUGGAGGGGAACGACAAGCCCAGGCCCAGUCCGGAUUACCUGAUGCAGCUCAUGAACGACAAGAAGCUGAUGAGCAGUCUGCCGAACUUCUGCGGCAUCUUCCAGCACCUGGAGCGGCUCCUGGAUGAGGAGAUCAGCCGUGUGAGGAAGGACAUGUACAAUGACACUCUGAACAGCUCAGAGAGGAGCAGCAGUGAGCUGCCAGACGCUGUUGGUCCGACCGUGCAAUUGCAGGAGAAACUUUACGUCCCUGUGAAGGAGUUUCCUGACUUUAACUUUGUGGGGAGAAUUCUGGGUCCUCGAGGUCUGACGGCAAAGCAGCUGGAGGCUGAGACGGGAUGUAAGAUCAUGGUGAGAGGGAAGGGCUCCAUGAGAGACAAGAAGAAGGAGGAGCAGAAUCGGGGGAAGCCUAACUGGGAGCACCUGAACGAGGAUCUUCAUGUCCUUAUCAUGGUGGAGGAUGCUCAGAACCGAGCGGAGAUCAAACUCAAACGAGGUGUGGAGGAGGUCAGCAAGCUGCUGGUGCCUGCUGCAGAGGGGGAGGACAGUCUGAAGAAGAUGCAGCUGAUGGAGUUAGCGAUCCUGAACGGGACAUACAGAGACGCCAACAUCAAACCCUCCUCCCUCACCUUCUCUCUUGCAGCCUCCACUCAGAGUCCUCGUGUCCUGUCUGGCUCCGCCCACAUGUUGGCCCCGCCCCCCACCCUUCGUGCACCUGCCCCCACAGGCCCUGCCCUCAUGCCUCUGAUUCGUCAGAUCCAGACGGUGCUGCCUAGUGGGACACCGGCUCUGAUGCCGGGGGCAGGGCCUGAAUCUAGUCUGAUCUAUGCUACGCCAUAUGACUACCCGUACGCUCUGGCAACUCCAGCUUCCCUGUUGGAGUACCCCUUGGACUCUGGGGCGGUGUUAGGUAAGCCCGCCCCCCCAUGCUCCUGCGACUGCUCUCCCACUCCCCAUCACCACCCCCACAGCCAGUGGAGCCCCGCCCCCACGCUGCUCCUUAGGCACACCACCUAAGGAAGAAAAAAGUGCAGCUCCUCCACAAUAAACACACAGCAGCCCCCUGACGAUGAAACACCCGACUGACACACAUGCACACGCCUUGUGCACAGCUGAAACCUGCAGCGCCUCCUGCUAGAUGGAGUCAUGAACAGUAAACUGGAGGUCUUCACAGCUGCUCAGUGUUGGACCAGAUCCUUAACAGAUCCGAGGAAAACCUAAACCCGAGAUUACACAGAGAGCCAGUCUGAACAGACCCGGAGACAGAGCUGAUCCAGAACCUGAACAGACUCUGAUAAAGACAGGAAACUGUAGCAAUGUCAGAAUAAUAAUGGCUUUAUUCAAAGACUCAUUUAUAGGAAUAAUGUUUAAAUGUUUUCACCUGCUGUGGAAACAAUAACAAACUCUGUCGACAGCCACACAGAAAACAAUAAUUUCAGUUCAGUUUAAUUCAAUUCAGUUCGAAUGACGUCACUUCACAACAAUCACCUCAGGGCACUUUAUACAGUCAGGUCUAGACCUCACACUAUUAUAAGAAAAGCCCAACAAAUCCCCCUUGAACAGCACUCGGUGACAGCGACAAGGAAAAACUCCCUUCAAUGGAAGAACCCUCUGACAGACCCUGACUCUUGGCGGGCAACCUUCUGCCUCAACAGGUUGGGGUUUAAUCAUAAUUAUUUUUAAUAAAUCAGUCAGAUUCAUUGUCAGCCAUUUACAGGCUGCUGAUUUCCUAAAAUCCUUUUGCGUCCUGUGAUUACGAAGUGAUCAGAGCCAACACUGAACAUGCUCCGAUCCACACUGGCCCACAGACCUGAGAUCUGACUGGGUCUAACUGAGUCUUGGUCAGUUGACCAAGUUUGACCGGUACAAUAAACUGUUUACAUUUAUAACUCCACAAACUGUCCUGAAGUUAAACCAAGAUGGACAGAGUGCAAGUAUGUCUCCUCAGUGUUAUAACUCAUCAGCUAAAAUAUAAAAAGUUCAGAUUUAUAGAACUGGUGUCUGUCCACAGGGGGGCACUGUUCUGUUUCUCCAGCACUGUGUUUUUUAUGUAACCUUUAUUGUAGGUUGUGGAUGAGGCGUUCAGGAACAAGUGUGUUCACUUUCUACUAAGUUUUAACUACUGUAGGCUUGUCGUACAGACAGAACCUUUAACAAACCGAUGAUAAGACUAGAAAUGAUGCAUCAUGCUUCCUGCACUGAAACAUGCAGCUCCUACAUACAGUAUCUAUAACUGAGGCUGUGAACUGAAGCCGACAUGCCUCCAUGUUCUGAUGCUAAUCGUGGUUCCCAGACCAAUGUUAAACAACAAAUGAGCUCUGUAGCUGCAGUCUGUGUUUUUGAAGAUGUUUUUAGAAUUGACCUUCAUUAACAGUAAAACCAGCAGAUCAGAGCUGUCAGGCCAACAUUUUAAUUCCAUUCACAACCAUAAGCCCUUGAAUUUAAGUCACUUCAUUAAUACAAGUCUGACUGGUCGAUAUCAGUGACACAGUUGCACCACAAGCAUUUCAGUCGUGUUUUUGAUCACGCCUCAUGCAACCUUACACUCCUAUAUUAAUCAGCCCAGCUGUCUACAGUGGCCACAUUUCUGCUCACUGUCAUUCGUGCUUUACCCCAUAGCUGCGACCUGAAGUGCAUUUUCACACUUUGUCUAUUUUUCAAGGCUACGUGCAUAAAACAGUCCACAAUAUCCACCCUAACCAUGAAAGAUCACUAGUUCCAACAAGAAAUCCACCAAAUAUAAAGAAAUGCAUCAAGCAAACAGUUUUAACACAAUCUGUUACACAGGUCCUGUUGAACAUGUAGUUCUUUUAAAGUGUGUGUAGUUUUCAUUUGCUGUGUUUUACCACAGACGUGCUGUCCAGCACAGCCAGUGUUUCCCUUAGUGUCCACUGUCACAGGUUUGGACCAUAGUUCUCCCUUGUGACGUGCGUUUCUGUAACUACCUCCUAUGUGUGGUGGACGUGCGCCCGGUGUAGACACAGGUGCGAGCUUCUAAAAUCUAAAAAUUUCAUGACUUUUCUUAAAUUAAUAAAAUUUUCCUCAAAAUAUUUUUCUACCAAAGUAAUCUCCCAAAACAUCACAACAUGAUUCUCUAAGUGUGGCCCUAAGUCAGAAACGUGGCCGUCAUAGGCCGUUUGUUGUUUAACUCAGCUGGGAGCCUCUCUGAUCCCACCUAGAACCAGAACCCACCUCCAUUUGUGCCUUAACAAGUAUUUCUAAUGUGUCACUCUGUGUAGUUGUGACGAUGUGCCUGCCUGUGCACACCUGUGUGGACUGUUGUGUGGUGAUGCGGACAGGUGACUCCAUGUCUUCUGUGGUGGUUUGUGGUGUUUGUAUCUGGUCCAGAUUCCGGUUAGUCCACUCAGCCCCGCCCCCUUGACUCCAAACUUAUCUUUCCCAUAAUCCACUGCUUUGGCCUGAGCUAGCUUCUGCUCGCGGUGUUUUCACACCAAAACAAACAGCGUCCAACAGAAUUCCACAGCUAAAACUGUUCUUGACCUUGACCAGCUACAAGUUCCGCUUUGAUCAGAAACAGAGACAGCCCUAAAAAAAAACAACAACACGCUUUUAGGUGAGAUCGAUUGUGUCCAUGUUAACAGUCUCCAGGAGUACAACGUAAAAGCAUCAUAAACCAAUCAGAUCUCUUCUUCUUCUACUUCUUUCAGUUCACAAACAACAAAACAGCACCACAGCCGACCAAACAAUUAUUUUACCAUCACAAGCUGGCAAAGUCUACAUCCAUCCAUGAAAUUAGCUUCACUAGCCAGUCAGGAGAGGAUGGAGACGGGGUUGCAGUCAUGUUUCGCUUUCACGUAAUUGUGGAAAUUCAGUUUUAAUUUGAGCUAAAUGUGGAUUAAAUCUCACCUGCGAUAUACUGUACCACCCACCACUGCUCACAGUGUUGAUUGCUGAAGGAUAAAACAAGUAAAAGGAUGCCAAACAGAACCGAGACAAAUAAAGCCCGGACACUGGACUUGACUUUACCGGAAGAGGUGUGAAAAUGCCCCACAGGUAACAGAACAGGUGGUUUCAGGGAGAUGUAGUCCUGAUGUGUGAUGUUUGUACAUCGCAGGCUUUGUUAGAAAUGUUUUUAAAAUGACUUCCUGCUUCACUGUUUUGAAGACAUCAUGGAUCACGUGAUGUUGACGACAAAUAAGGCAGCACUUUAUUUACAAUCCAAGCAUGAAAACAUUUUUCUAAAUCCCGUCUGCUCCAGAUUAGUUUCAUCUGUACGUCCAGGACAUUUAGCCUAGCUUAGCACACAGUCUGUAAGCAGAAGGCUAGAUUAUAUUUGGACUUUGGAUGUAAAUUAAGAACUGUCUAAAGUGGAUGCAUUAAUGCAACAAAACACUAGCUUGCUACUGUUAGCAUAAUAUUGGCACUCCCACCACACUCAUUGGAUUUCAUUGACAGUUUCUGAACAUAAACAGUUUUUUAUCAGUGGAUUCUCAAACUUUUUUCAUCUUUUGACCAAGCUAGGCUAGCAGUUUCCCUGUUUACAGAUGUUGUGCUAAGCUAGCUAGUCCUUUCCCUCUUUUACGGCAGGAUGUAUUAAUGGAGAACUGUAUACAGCAUUGCUAAACAGCACCCAUUCAUUCCUAUGAAAGUUGCUCAGUGAUGCGUCGUCUGAAAAAAACUGUCAUGCUUUGGAAUCCAGCCAUAAAAAUUACCUGGAUGUUCUGAACGCUUCCGUGCUUUUGUGUCGAACUGAGUCUCCCCCCGGAUGAGCUGGGUGACUUCCAGUUUGCUCCACGCUAGGCCUGCACGAUUAUGGCAAAAAUCAUAAUAAUGAUUUUUACGGUCAAUACCGAGAUCACGAUUAUUCACUGACUUUUAAACUUUAAAAAAAUCAUCUUUUCACAGUGUUUUCAAUUUAACUUUAUGAUUCAAUUGAAGAACAAAAGAAGAAUUCCAUCUACCAAACUGUGAUUGACAGUCACUGAAAUUACUGAUCACUCUACAUUUAUCUUUACAAAUAAAACUUUGUGGCUUCAGGUUAACAGUACUGCCUGUUGUAAUCUAAAAAAUAAAUAAAUCACUCAUUCCACUGAGCUCACCAUGACACAGCCACAUCUACAGUGUCUUGCUCAGUCUACAUAGUCAUCUUCCUUUUCAGCUUGUUCAUAACAGGCUCGCUAAAGUUAACAAUCUGGCAAUGCAUGGCAGACUGCAAUCAUCAUCUCUCAGCUAAUUUAACAAGUGUUUUGAUAGAUUACUCUUAGACCCAGCAGGUGGAGUGAAGCACUACCAAUAUGGCGACAGCCAGACUCGAGUUUCAAAAC